AUGAAGUUCACCAUUACUUUCGCCCUGGCAGCUCUGCUGAGCACUGCCGCUGCUCAAGGUCUGGGUGAUCUGCCCGACUGCUCGAAAACCUGCGCUACAGGUUCAAUCCCCGAUAACUGCGGCAUUGAUUUCAAGUGCAUCUGCGAGGCCAAGUCCUUCCUGGACGAUGUCGCCUGCUGCAUCGCUGAUAAAUGCUCUGAGGCUGACCAGGAAACUACCAUCAAGGUCGCCAAGUCAAUCUGUGCCCGGGGUGGUGUGACUGAUCUGCCCAGCGAGGUUGUCUGCUCAAGCAAGUCGGGUUCCAGCUCUGGCACCUCCACCAGCGAUAGCUCCAGCUCGACCGAGACUGGAAACAAGUCUAGCACUGAGACCUCGGAUGCGACUACUGUGACGGGCACCAAUGCUUCUGCCUCGGCCUCGAGUAGCGCCUCGUCCGCCUCUGCUGCCGCAACUAGUACCGGUGUUGCUGCGCUUACCCACAAGGAUUCUUCGCUCGUGGCCGCUGCUGGUGCUGCAGCUGCAUUCGCCAUUCUGGUCUAG